ACGAGAGGGGAGCUGGAGCUGAGGCUGGGCCCGGAGGCAGACAGGAGAGGGCACCAGGCACAUUUUACAAGGCGUGUGUCCUCCAUAAGGCGGCAGAACUGGCAUGGAAGGGAGCACUGCUCACACUGACCGGGAUCUAACAGCGGACUGAGGCAGCACUAAUACCGCACCGCCGGCUGGGAGCAAGGAAGGAAGGGCCUCCCCCCCUCUCCCAUCCUCGUCUCCUCCCUCGCCCCCUCCUCACUGUGAAGCCGGGCGCUGACUGGAGCUGAGAGGCCGCCGGUAUCUGGAUACAGCUCGGGAGCCGCACAGGAAUAGACCGGGAGAGCUCCCUGCACGCCGGCCAUAUAAUGGACCAAUUGUCUGACGAAGAGCUUGAUCAUGGGGCCGAAGAGGACAGUGAUAAGGAAGACCAGGAUCUGGAUAAAAUGUUUGGUGCUUGGCUCGGAGAGCUGGAUAAACUUACCCAGGUAUGCACGGGCAUUGAGGGAUAUAAAGAAAACCAGUUAUCUAAUUUGGAACCAGAAAAGCCAGAAGAACCCGUAAAGAGAUCUCCACUUCGCCAAGAAACUAAUCUGGCUAACUUCUCAUAUCGUUUUUCCAUGUACAACUUGAACGAAGCACUAAAUCAGGGGGAAUCAGUGGACCUAGAUGCUCUUAUGGCGGACCUCUGCUCUAUUGAGCAGGAGCUAAGCAGUAUUGGGACGCAUACGUCUAAGAACACACUCAAGCCCCAUGAACGAAAGGUUUCCCAAAGGCCACCAGCUGGUCGGAUAAGCUCCAAGCAGAGCAGUUUAAAGGGAUUGCCUUCCUCCUCUGGGAGAAUGACCAAGCCCUCUCAUGCCAACUUCUCCUUAGAUGACAUCACUGCACAGCUGGAACAAGCUUCUCUCAGUAUGGACGAAGCAGCCCGGCAGAGUGUUGUAGAAGAUUCCAAGCCAGUAGUAACCAUUCAUCAUCGGAGAACUGCAUCCGCAGGGACAGUGAGCGACAGCGAUAUCCGAUCGGUCAGCAACUCCUCACGUUCCAGCAUCACCUCUGCAGCCUCCAGUAUGGACUCACUGGACAUUGAUAAAAUGACAAGACCACAAGAACUGGAGAUUCUGCCACAAGUAACACCAAUAUCAGAGCACUCCUAUCUGGACAGGGAAACAUCCCUCCUGCUCAGAAACAUUGCAGGGAAGCCCUCUCACUUGCUGACUAAGGAAGAGCAAGCUGCCAAGAUAAAGGCCGAAAAGAUCCGUGUUGCUCUAGAGAAGAUAAAGGAAGCUCAGGUUAAAAAGCUGGUGAUCAGGGUCCACAUGUCUGAUGACAGCUCGAAGACAAUGAUGGUGGAUGAGAGGCAAACGGUACGACAGGUGCUAGACAACUUGAUGGACAAGUCACACUGCGGGUUCAGCCUGGACUGGUCAUUGGUGGAAACCAUCUCUGAGUUACAGAUGGAGAGAAUCUUUGAAGACCACGAAAACCUGGUUGAGAACCUAUUGAACUGGACUCGGGACAGCCAGAACAAACUUAUGUUUGUGGAACGUAUAGAGAAAUAUGCACUUUUCAAAAAUCCACAAAAUUACCUACUAGGAAGAAAAGAGACUUCAGAGAUGGCAGACAGAAAUAAAGAAGUGCUACUGGAGGAAUGCUUUUGUGGCAGUUCAGUCUCUGUGCCAGAAAUUGAGGGAGUCCUUUGGCUGAAGGAUGAUGGAAAAAAGUCCUGGAAGAAGAGAUAUUUCCUCCUUAGGGCAUCUGGUAUCUACUAUGUCCCAAAAGGCAAAGCUAAGGCUUCUAGAGACCUUGUCUGCUUUCUCCAACUGGACCACGUUAAUGUUUACUAUGGUCAAGAUUACCGCAGCAAAUACAAAGCACCCACUGACUAUUGCCUUGUGCUAAAGCAUCCUCAAAUCCAAAAGAAGUCCCAGUACAUCAAGUACCUGUGUUGUGAUGAUGUCCGAACCUUGCAUCAAUGGGUUAACGGGAUCCGUAUUGCUAAGUAUGGUAAGCAACUGUAUACUAAUUAUCAAGAAGCCCUGAAGAGGACAGAAGCCGCUUAUGAUUGGACAUCUUUAUCAAGUUCAAGUAUGAAAUCUGGAUCCAGUUCUUCUAGUUUACCAGAAUGUCAAUCGAACCAUUCCAACCAGUCAGACAGCGGCCUUUCUGAAAGUCAAGCCUCCUGCCAUAUGCGUUCUCAAAGCAUUGUGAGUUCUAUCUUCUCCGAAGCCUGGAAGAGAGGAACGCAGCUGGAGGAAUCCAGCAAGGCUCGAAUGGAAACCUUAAAUCGUCCUUUAGCUUCUCUGACUCCUCAGCCACACAUCCAGAUCAGGGCUGUAUCUCCUCAUGCGGCAUCUCAGCCAUCACCCCUUGCACCACCUCCUCCACCCCCACCUCCUCCACCUCCUCCUCCACCCCCUCCCCCACCUCCACUUCCCACCCAAUCUAAAAGUCCUUCUGUGUCCACACCAAUUUUGUUUGCUAAAUACAGCACCAUCACAAGAUUACAAAAUGCUGCCCAAUAUCCAGGGCCUACCUUUAAAUCCCCCACAUCAAAUAGCACAGUUCAACACAUUCCACCAAGUACAAAGCCUCAGAUGAUUGUUACCCCAAAUGGGGCUAUCCCGCCUCCACCGCCCCCGCCGCCACCACCACCUCCACCACCACCAGGUUCAGCAAUGGCAAUGCUAAAACCAUUUCCAUGUACACCAUCUAUGCCUCAGUUUACACCACCGCCACCUCCAAUGAAAAUCAAUCAAGUCCAGCAAAACAACAUUGUCCAGGCUGCCCAGCCCCCUCCACCACCUCCAUUACCACCUCCACCACCACCUCCUCCACCUCCACCUCCUCCCCCUCCAUUCCAAGCACCUAUUAAACAGUUUGGGACAGUUUCCAAGCCAGCCCUUCCUGUUGCCACCCCACCUGCAUCUGUAGCCCUGGGGCCUCCUACUGCACCCAAAAAGCAGCUUCAUUUUACACUCUCACAGACGCAACAAUCUUCAACGAGUCCAUCAGUUAUGUCUGCUCCCACUGCACCUCCAACCUUACCAAAACAGCAGAGCUUCUCAACAAAACCACCAUCUUCUCCACAGUCCCCUAUGCCUUCAGUUAAGCUGAUUGCUAGUCAGUUCCCACCACCACCUCCACCACUUUCAGAACCUCAGCCUCCUAAACCAGGCACUCCCAUCUCUGCCCCACAGUCUCCACCAGCUGUGAAAGCAAAACCAAAAUGGCAGCCAUUUCCAGUUCCAUCCUCUGACUUCCCCCCUCCUCCACCUGAAAGCAGCUUAACAAUUCUUCCUCCACCUCCCCCUCCACCUCCACCUCCCCCUGCCACAUCUCCAGUUCCACCUCCUUCCCCCACACCAGAAAAGACUGGUUCGCCAGCUAAAAAGUCAAGCAAGACAUCCAGUCCUGGCGGGAAGAAGCCUCCCCCCACUCCCCAGCGCAAUUCUAGUAUUAAAUCGAACAGCUCUGCUGAAUACCAUGAAUCUAAGAAAUCCUCUGUGGACAGCCUAGUCAGCAAGUUCUCUGACUCACCAGGAUCACCAUCAAAGGAGUCAUUACCUCCCCCUGCAGCUCCACCAAAGCCAGUUAAACUAAACCUUUCAGGUGUAAAUUUGCCCAUGGUUUUUCAGCAAGGAAAUCUUUCCAGCCAAGUCCCUGGGACGUUGCCUUCAGGAAAAGUGGCAGUCACUGAGUUUCCAUCUCCACCGUCUGAUUCUGAAUCCGAUUUCCCACCUCCACCAGCAGAUCUUGAGCUCCUGCCACCACCUCCACCACCUGUAGAUGGCCCAACAGUUUUGUUUUCUGGAAAUACUUCUCCAAAGGUGGCUGUGGUAAAUCCACAACCCCAGACGUGGUCAAAAUCUUCUGUAAAGAAAGCCCCACCACCCACCAGACCAAAAAGGAAUGACAGUAUGCGUCUGAUGCAAGCAGAAGUGACAGAAUCAUCUACCCCUGUCAGCCCACAAGUACCACCAACUUCACCUAAGCCAAGUCUUAGUGUGCAACCAGGUUUCCUUGCUGACCUGAACAAGACUCUACAGAGAAAAUCCAUUACAAGGCAUAGCUCAUUGUCAUCUGCCCGGUUAUCAAGGCCUGAGCCCACAGCCACCAUGGAUGAUAUGGUACUGCCACCUCCUCCUCCAGAACUGCUAGAAGACAAUCAAAAAGCUAACUGCUAUGGAGGCAGCCAUUUAUCAGGCUAUGCAACAUUACGAAGGGGGCCACCUCCAGCCCCUCCCAAAAGGGACCAGAACACUAAGCUUUCUCGUGAUUGGUAACCCACGUGUAAUAAACUCUUCCCUGCUGGUUCUGCACAUGGAAUUAUGUUGUACCAUGAACUUUAAAUUCUAUGUAUGAUAACCAAUCAAGCUAAGUCACGUUCAGAUAAAGGUUAACAUGCCCCUCAUUCAUCCUCAUGUUUAGCAAAUGAUCCUGAAACCAUCAGUCAAGUUACAAAACCAGUCCCUGUUAUGGAGAGGACCAAACACGACUCAUACUCUGCAUUUAAAGACACAUUUUGUAGUGUAUGUUGGUGUGCAGUGUGUCUCUGCAUGUUUUCCUACAAUAGGCAUAUAAUAAUGUAAUUAAUAAUGCAGCAGCUGUACAAUAAAAAAUAACAAGAAUGUUUUAUUUCACUCUGUCGGUUUCCACUUAAAAAAUAUAUAUAUAUUUAACUAAUGAUGUACUUGGUGCUGUAGCUUUGAGAACUUUUUAAGCAUUCACAUCUGGAACAUGUUUUUUUUGUUUGUUUCUUGCUCAUGUUUCUUAUAAAUAAUACAUUGCCUAAGUACCAAUUUUGACUUCCCAACUUUGACUCAACAAGGUCAUCUGAGUACCUGGUCAAGUUACUAAUCUUCUAUUACGAGUCUUUUAGAUUAAGCAUAUGAGAUCUAUAUCUGAAUUAACAGCAUUGCUGUAGGUAGUUGGUCGAUGAUGUUAUAACACUGUUUACAGCCCAAGAAAAAAAAAUGAUGCAAUAUCUGAAUAUGAGAUCAACAAUGACAUGAGCCCUGGUUCAAUAAUGAAAAAAAAUUAAAGUGUCUGUAAUAACAAGUAA